UUUCACUAGUUUGACAGUUUUGUUCGUGACUUUGACAGAUUUUUUUCAGUUUUUGUCUCUGGUUUUUUUAAAUAAGCACAGUUUGAUAUAGAAAUGCGUAUGGAUGAGGAAAUGCGGAUGCUGCAGCUGGAUAAGCCUGGCCAAGGCAAAAGCACAACAGAACUGCAGAAACAUUCAAUAGAUGAAGUCUUCUAUGAACAUAAACCCGUGGACAGAGCGUUAUUUAUCGUAAGCAAAGGCGAUGAACUACAGAAGCUAAGCGUGAUAGGAUCCCUUCCUGAACUAUUGAAAUAUGACCAAAAAGGGACUGUUUCAAAGAUUAUCCCGAAAAUCCAACAAGAGUUACCAAAUUCUUCCUCAGAAUUCAACCUGGCUGUGAGUAGGAUGUUUAAUAUAUUAAUCCAUAUGGACAUUCCAGUCAAUCUGGUGCCACAGAUUUUGCAAGGCAUAGACAACAGAGAUCCGAUGAUCUCAAAUGCUUGGAUGGAGACUUUGCUUGCAGUGAUUCCUCUAUUAAAAGAGCAGAUAGUUAAAAACGAUAUUCUAAAAUGUGCAAUCGCAAAGUCCCAACUGUCCAAGGCUGCGUAUUUUAGAGUAUCCAGUUGCAAAAUAUUGGGUGAGAUUUCAGUGCAUAAAACCAUGAAUCCUUUCGAGGUGAAAAAGGAUGUGUUACCACUGGUCCAGAGCCUAUGUCAAGAUUGUUUUUUCGAAGUUCGAGCUGCAAUGUGCAGGGAACUUCCUAACGUUGCGCAAGGUUUAUUCAACUUGGGUGACGCUAUUGUAAAAGUAAAUCUGCUUCCUCUUCUCGUUGAACUCUCUGCUGAUGAAAAUGUUAACGUUAGAUCAAUUGCGAUCGAGUCUAUGGUCUCCAUUAUCCCAUUCUUAAGUCCAGAUACAAUAAAAGGUACAAUCAUCCCCUUGGCUAAGAAACUGUGCACUCGAAGUGCUUCAGAAGGAGAUACAACAUAUACCGCAAUUUCAAGCGUUUUUAGCAUGCUUAUCAACAACUUGCAACCCCAGAUGAGUACUGGGGAUUCAAUGUGGUUUUUGGACUAUUUCAAUCAUAUCUGCAGAAAGGGGCUGUCAUUAGUAGAAGAUCUGGAUACCGACCCUGCCAUAUCUAUGUUAUGCCGGGAAAAUUGCGCCAACUGUCUUCCCAAAGUCGUCACAAUGGUACUGGCUCAAAUUCCCACUGAAGUCAGCUCGAAAUGGUAUCACACCUUUAAAGCUUUGGCCGCCGAUCCAUGUUACAUAGUGCGCAGAGCUGUGGCCAACCGGUUUUCGGAUAUUGUAAGGAUUUUAGGCCCUUCCAAUAAAAUAGUGGUGAUUGAUUUCACUAAGCUAUUGAGAGAUGAAGACGAAGAAGUCCUGCAAGCUUUAAUUCCCAAUGUUGCUAAUAUUAUGGAACUGUUCACUGCCACCAAUGUGCUUCAACGAGAAAUCCCGGUUCAAGCCACACUGGAUAUUGGCCGCGCAAUGCUUAAAUGCCAAAACGAAGCAUUCAGAACCAACAAUUGGCGCAUGAAAGAGUGUCUCUUGAUGCAGUGGGAACGACUACCAAACUGUUUCCCGUCCGACUUCAUUCAUCAGCAUUUUUCCCCAGUGGUUUUAAAUGCUACAAUCUAUGGCAAAGCCAAACCAGUGCGUUCUCAAGCUGCCAGAACCCUCCUGAUAAUCCUAAAAUACAGUUUAAAGGAAAACCACCGAAAAUGGAUCAGGGAAAUGAUCCAGACGCAAUUGUGCAACGCACCUUGUUGCUAUUCCCGUCAGGUGUAUAUCACUCUAUGCACGCACGCUAUUGAUAUUUUCAGCUGGGGAUAUUUCAAAGAGUACUUCUAUCUGCCGCUGUUAAGCUUAGCAGAGGAUCAGAUUGCAAUCGUGCGACUUUCCAUGGUAAAACUCUGCCCAAUUCUGAAGCAAAUGCUCAACUUACCGGCUGAUAGAGCCCUUCAACUAAAGCUCGAAAACAUUCUUUCGAAAAUGGAAAUGAUGGAAGCAGAUCGAGAUGUGAUAAUGAUGCUCAAGCUAAAGCUGAAAGAAAUGCGAACCAUUCGGAAUAUCAAGAGCGAAGUUUUAGUGGAAGAUCGCCGCAGAGCGGACGAAGAAGACCGAAUUUUGAAAGGGAGAUUUGCUGGGAUUAGAAUUGGACCUCAGAUUGAUUCAGACCUAGGAAGGGACACGACAGACAAGCAACCGACAAUAUCAGUCACCAAGUCAGCUAUUCCAAAGCAAUCUUCAACGUCUUCAUCAGCCAGUAAAAGAGCCGCCGCUGCCACUGUAAAUCACACUCCAAGUCUAAUGCCUUUUCUCGAUCAGCAUUUUUACACAGACGCGGGUGUUGCGCUACCACAAGAUUUCGGUGAUUCCUCCUAUAGAGAUCGGGAUCUAAAAACGCCGAUUCGAACCUCCACAGAAGUGACUAAACUGAUCGAAUCAGCAGAGAAUUUAACUUCCUGGUUGGAUGAAAUUAGCAUGGCAGAUGAAGCCGGUCGAUUUCAGGAAAACAUUGAAGAUCGCGCAAUUAAACUUGAAGAAAAAGAUAUGAUUAUUUCAGUGGAGAAUAUUAAUCCUGCGGAAACUUUGACAGAGAAUGAUAUUAAAGCUUUAGCAACGACGACCACAAACAUGACUGAUGAGCUCAAGGUGAACAUCCAACAUGUGGCUGAGGCCGCCAAGGAGCUUAAGCCAAAGAUGAAAAGAAACUCCUGCGUUUUUAGCAGUGAAAUUCGUCGUAGCGAGACAUCAAAGUCGAGCUUUGCUCUGAAACGGCGAAGUCUUAAUAUCAGCAACAGCGAAAGUAAAAUUCCUAUACCAUCUAGAACUAAUAGCUUUUCUUUCGAGGAUAAAUCCAAGUCUUUUAGCGAUCAUUCUCUAGAUGCACAUUCUACUGGGGAUAGAGGGAAAAUAUCCCGAUUUGUGCGACACACCAAAAGCUCGAUGAAUUUGAGAACAAAUGUUAGUGAUAAGUGCAAUAAUAGUGAGGGAAGUUUGCAAAAAUCGGACGAUUGUAAAGCCGCUUGCAGAGAUAUAUCCAGAAUACCGGCCUUUGCAAAUUCAAAAUUCGUAAACUCUGCAGAAGUUGAAAGUACAGAUUACAUGAAAAGCCGCAUCAGAAGGCGAUUUUCUAGUACUCACAAGCUGGAAAUGGGCGACAAAGCGCCUAUAUGUUUCAAGAGAUUUAGCGCGAACGAUCUAUCUCUAGGAGAGAGUUUAACAGGAUUAGUACAAACUAACGUAAAAACCAUAGCGAAUAUAUAUUGUGAAGGAACUACAUCCAGAUGUUCAAAGAACGCCAGUUUCAAACCAGUAGAGAAUAAGGAGAAAAACUCAGGAUUGCCCGUGGCAGUACGCAAAAAACCGUUCUCCAAGUGACAAAGUAUUAUAACUGCAGUAUUUAUUUAUAUACCUGUUGAAAGUACCUAUACAUUAUGUAUAAUGUUGUUUGUUGAUAUCUUUGAUACAUAUUUUUAUAUUUGUGCUCUCUAUCUAAAAUAAAAUACGUUUAUUAUAACAGUAAUUGAAACAAUACUAACAUAAGUAUUCUAUAUACACUAUUUUUAUAUGAUAAUUUAUGUGCAAUAAACCGUUUUCUGAGUUA